GUAUUUACAAGUUAUUAGCUCGCCUUUUUGGCUGAUUUUCAAUCACAUUUCUGUAACAUUCUCCUUAGUUUCGGAAACUCCCCUUACCGGGUCUCCAAGGGGCCAAGAAAGUACUGCUUUCUCGGCUUCCCGGAGUCUCAUCAUUCCCUCUUUUUCUAACGCUUUCUUCAUCCACACGCAAACUCAAAUCCAAAACCUAACCCUAAAAAUGGAUACCACCGAGCUAAAACGUGUGUUCCAAAUGUUCGACAAGGACGGAGACGGUCGGAUCACUAAGAAGGAGCUAAACGAUUCAUUGAAAAACCUCGGGAUCAUUAUAGCAGAAAAGGAGCUAUGGCAGAUGAUCGACAAGAUCGAUGUGAAUGGUGAUGGUUGCGUUGACAUUGAAGAGUUUGGAGAGCUUUACAAGACGAUAAUGGUGGAAGACGAGGACGAGAUAGGAGAAGAAGAUAUGAAGGAAGCGUUCAACGUUUUCGAUAGGAAUGGAGAUGGGUUUAUCACGGUGGAUGAGUUGAAAGCGGUGUUGUCUUCCUUGGGACUCAAGCAAGGUAAGACCUUGGAGGAAUGUAGGAAGAUGAUCAUACAAGUGGAUGUUGAUGGUGAUGGUAGAGUUGAUUACAAGGAGUUUAGACAAAUGAUGAAAAAGGGUCGGUUUUUUUAGCUCUUUGAGCUGAUAAUUAACUAUCUUUUUUUUCUUUCACUUUUGUUUUAUCUUUUUUUUUUACUAUUUAUCUCUCGCAUUCUAGAAAGGAAAAAUUAAACGAUUGGUAAAUGAAUUGUUUAAUAGUCUAAUUUGCGAGAGCAUAUUGUAAAAAUUGUAGAACUGUUUGUCUAUUAAUUAAUGGGAUUUGUGAUGAUUUCAUUAA